UAUAUAAAGCAGCAGAGCAGGGUGUAGGUGAAGGGGAGAAGGAUCAAGAAAGAGAGGCACGAGAAUCAGAGGUGGGCAUUAAUUGAAAAGCGAGAAAGCAAUGAAGGCGAUGAAAGGUGAAGUGAUGGACGGGUCCGAUAUAAAAGAGCUGGUUGAGAACGACAACGUCUUCUCCAACUUCGUCCAUCACAAGUUUCAACACCUCGACUCUGAUUGCGACGGUAAGCUCUCCCUCAAAGAGCUUCAGCCCGCCGUCCAAGAUAUCGGCGCUGCCCUCGGCCUGCCUGCCCAAGGCGCUUCCCCUCAAUCCGACCAUAUUUACUCUCAGGUUCUUAAUGAGUUCACACAUGGUAAACAAGAAAAGAUAAGCAAGACUCAGUUCAAAGAGGUUCUCUCAGAUAUUCUACUGGGCAUGGCGGCAGGCCUGAAACGGGAUCCUGUCGUGAUUCUUAGGAUCGACGGUGAUGACCUCCUUGAGUUCGUCAACGGGCCCACCUUCGAGCCAGAGAUACUCUCCCUAUUCUCCGAGAUUGACUUGCCCGAAGGAUCACUCAAAGACUACAUCAUCAAGGCCUUCGAGAAACUCUCCGUUGAUCAAGGCGUGCCUCCGGCUACAGAUCAUUGGGUCAUGAGCAACAUUCUAGAGCCGGCGUUGGAGCCCUUGGGGGAUUCCCUUGAUGAGACGGUCUCACAAGAGACGUUUGUAGCUGGGUUCAAACAAGCAUCGGAGAAUGCAGCGAGGCUUCUCAAGGAGCAGCCGGCUAUCGUUGCUCACAGUCAGAAUACCUUUGAUGGGAGCGGCAUUAGAAGGCUCUUGUCUAAUAAGUUUGAGCUGGAUAAGGCAUUGGAUACUGCUCUGAAGAGUGUUCCGAGGGAUCGCCAUGGUAAGAUAUCGAAGGAAUUCUUGAGUGUUGCAGUUGAUAAUUUGGGUGCCUCGGCCGGCUUACCUCCUCUUGGCGCUGUUGAGCAGAUGGAUAACAUAGUCACGGAAGCCAUAAAAAUGUUUGGUGGUGAGGAUGGGAAGACAGUGAAGGAAGAUGAGUUCAAGAAGCUACUAACAGAGGUUCUCGGGAGCAUCAUGCUGCAGCUCGAGGGCAAUCCUGUCUCGAUCUCAAUAAACUCGGUGGUCCAUGAGCCGUUGGCGUCGUCCUCCACCCUCCUGCAGCCUUCGUCGCCGUGAUGUGUGUAAAUAAAACUCAACCCAACUCAACUGAUGGAGACUUGUAAUUUUUUGACUAUGUUAAGUGAUGAGGGUUGGCUAGUUUGGAUGGAGCUGACUAUCUACUUACUAUAUAUGCUGUUGCUUAAACAUGAUCAUUUAAUGAUCAGUUAACUCUUAUUUACGCUCCCUAAUUAUGUUACCAGAUUCUUUAUUUUCGUGCUUUUGUUGUUGAUGCAUGUAACUUUUAUGGUGUUCAAGAAUUGAAGGUGUCUUCUUGUUUA